AUGUCACGCCAAGCGCCGAAGGACAUGGCAGAAGAACGCGCUGCUGCUGAUUUUAAUAUUGAAGCAUUAACAGCUUUUUGGGCUGGCGGUGAGCAGAAACACAGGCUUAAACAAAAGGCGUACGAGUACAUCAAGAAUGAUCCAGAAUUGGUCAUUCAACCACCGCGAAACUAUUUAGAAUUGUCAAGAGACGAAAUGCGUGAAUUUACUAUGGGGCAAAUUUUCAGAAUUGUCAGUUUGAUGAAAGACCCAGAAAUGUUAAAAGACCAGGAAUUUCUACAAGAGAUUGGUAUUGCCACUAACAUGUACUCUGAGAGUUUCUCAAUGCGAUUCUUCGUUCAUGAUGCACUAUUCAAAAAUGUUGUGAAUAUGUUAGGAAAUGAGGAGCAAAAAAAUAGAUACAAUGAUGAUAUAUCAAAUUUCAGGAUUUUGGGUUGCUUUGCUAUGACUGAACUUGGUCACAGUUCUGCUCUUCGUGACAUUGAGACAGUUGCUACUUAUGAUAUCGCCACCGACGAGUUCAUACUCGACUCACCAACGAUCACUGCUACCAAAUGGUGGAUUGGCAUGGCUGGCCAAACUGCAACACAUGCUGUUGUUAUUGCUCAGACUGUUAUCCAUGGUAAAAACGUAGGACUCAAUUGGUUUGUCGUUCAACUACGUAGCAAAUACACUGGUGAAUUGGAACCUGGGGUGCAAAUCGGUGAUAUUGGACAGAAAGCGGGGCAUGCUGGUGUUGACAAUGGCUGGAUUCAGUUCCGCCAAAAACGCAUACCGCGACAAGAUAUGCUAGCUAAAUGGGUAAAUUUGGACCGCCAAGGGAACUUUACUCCUGCUCCUAAUCCAGCUGUGAUGUAUGCAACGUUAAUUCCGGAGCGCCUUUCCCUCGUCACCGUCACAACGCAAAUGAUUUCUCAAGCGUUGACCAUUGCUUGCCGAUAUGGUGUGGUACGUCGUCAAGGCAAUCAUAAUCAGCAAAUUAUGGAUUAUCAAUCACACUAUGUAAAACUCCUACCUGCAGUUGCUUUUAUGUAUAUGAUCAAGAGUAGCGCGGGAGCCUUAAAUGAUCAAUUUGCUGUUCUUACUUCUGGUGGCAAAAUGGAUCCUGUUACUUAUUUAAACCAUAUGGGUGACAUGCAUGCCAUGUCCGCUUGUUUGAAAGGCCUUACUGGCUGGUAUUCAACUGAGAUUUUAGAGACAUGCCGAAGAAGUUGCGGAGGCCAUGCUUAUUCUGCCUAUAAUGCAAUAAGUCAUAUUAUCGGUGAUUGGGGUGUCAUGACAACUGGCGGUGGAGAUAAUGUCGUUCUUCUUCAACAGGCCGCUCAUUAUCUUCUGUAUCGUCUUGAACAAAAGCUUGAAUUCGACAGUUAUCCUGAUCUCAAGUUCAAAAGCUCUGCUUCCUACAUCAAAGAUGCGAAAAAGUAUCUUGAAAACAGAAACUGGUCUACCAAUAAUGCUUCCGAUUGCUUGAAAGAUUUUGCUUUGGUAGAAGAAGCUUUGUAUUCAAUUUUACUAAACAGCAUCAACAUUGCCUUGAAAAAUGGCUCGAAAAACAAUGACAUGCUACUUGAAUCUGUUCGCGUGGCCGAACUGCAUUGUGCUGCCUUUAUGUUCAGCACUUCUGCAGAAAAAUUUGGUCGACCUUUGGGUACUGAAGGCGUUGAACCUAGCGUUCUGUCUAUCAUGAAACGCCUAAUUGCACUAUGGGGCCUUCAUAUCCUCCACACUUAUUCUGAUCAAGGUUUUAAAGAGAACUAUUUCACUCCUGAACAUGUAAAGAGUAUUGAACAGGCCUAUAUUGAACAAUGUCGAUCACUACGCAAGCAAGUGAUUGGUUUGACAGAUGCUUUUGGAUUCCCUGAUUUUGUGCUCAAAGCGCCAAUUGCGAGGUAUGACGGUGAUAUCUACCAGCCUUAUUUGGAAACAUUGCUAGCAGCGCCAAGAAGUACAGGCGUUCCUCCCUACCAUGAAAAGUAUAUCAAGCCAUUGACUGAACAAGAAAGUCCAAAUAAACGCAAUUCCAAUAACCAAGCCAAUACCGGCAUCAGAGGACUAUUGUAG